CGUCCAAACAGGCACGGUCGCUCCAUUGAAUUGAGUUCCACGUGGAGUCGUAAGGUGAAAUAAUUCGAAGCUCGGAACGCAAGGUACUAGAGAACUCACUUGUCAUGUGCCGCAAUUAUAGCCACACCAUAUGAGCUCAAGUCAGACAGAUACCUGAUUGUCUCAUGCUCUUGAUUUGUGAGAACGAUGCAUCGGGGACAGUUUCCGCGCCAUCUCAAAGGCACAUUGCCACAUUCUCUCACUCGAACCUGGCCACACCUCAGCCCACUGCACUCAACAAGAGUGGUCACGCCUAGGCUCGGGCACUCGCUGGGCUCCUUUACACCGAAGAGAACUUUUGUCGAAAGUGCAGUCACGCACACUCAAGAGCUCAUUACAACAUUUCAUUUCUUCACCGGGACAUCAUGGUACAUCACCAUCGCCCUUGUGGCCUUUGGCGUGAACCUCGUUCGCCUCCCGUUUGUCAUAAACACAAGACGCAUGCAACAGCGGCGCCUUGAGCUCACCCCGCUGAAUGUUGCAUGGUAUAAUCGCAUGAUGAAGUCGGUACAUACAAAUCAGCCGAGGGCGAUAGAGCAGCUUGAAAAGGAAGCCCAAAAGAAGACGGCUAAGAAGAUGAAGAAGAUCUACAGCGACUUCGGCUUGCAGGCAUGGAAGGCCUUCUCCAGCGGCAUUAUCACAAUUCCAAUAUGGCUUGGCGUGAUGGAAUCACUCAGAAGACUUUGUGGUGGUCCUACAGGAUUGAUCGGGGCCCUCUUUUUCAACGAGGGCGAGGUCACUGAUGCGACUGCCAUCGCCGGACUAUCUUCAGACACCAGCUCGCUGGCCAAUGCUGCUUCCACUGCAGUAGACACUGCGUCUACGGCCGGUAUAAGUACGAUCGCAGACGUCGCCAUCCCGGCUGCGACGACGUUAGAACCGUCCCUUGCGACGGGAGGGCUUCUCUGGUUUCCUGACCUGUUGGUCCCCGAUCCUUACCACGUUUUACCAUGGCUUCUCUCCUUUACCAUGGCAGCAAACCUCGGACUCGUUCCUACGAGUGUAAAGGCAGCCCGGGAGCUACUUGGAGGAGGCCCAUUGGAAAAAUACAGCGACAAGAUAAACCCGAGGACAAGAUUGCGGCGCAUACUUCUCAUUUGUUCGAUAAGCAUCGCCCCCGUCACUAUGUAUUUUCCAGCGGCUUUACAUGUGUACUGGAUCUGCACCUCAUGCAUGUCCGCACUGAUGACGGAAGUGAUUUUUCGGUGCAUGCCACUACCAGCGCCCACGGCAGUCAUCGCCUCGGGUCAACAUCGGGUUAUGUUGUUGCCACGGCCGGAGAAAGAGGCCUCGAGGCGUCUGAGUGUAUUUGACUGAAACGCGCUGCUUAAAGAUAGCUGUAUAGACAAAGCUAGACAUGCACACCAAUCGACAAGGUGCUUAAUAACAAAGAGAAUAAGGAUAAAAGACUAAAAG